GAACAUUAGAUCCAAACCAAGCAGCAGGCAAGUCGCCUGUCCGAGGUAGACGUUUGGCAAUGGGCAUGUUUGCGUUUUAAAGCAAUCAGAUAGAAAUGUCCGGGCUUCCUAAAACAGAUGCUGACAGAGGCAGCAAGCUGCUGAGAUUAAUUUCAGACCAUGACUUAUUGGCACUCAGUGACACAGUCACAAACAAGAUGAUUGCCGUGGGCAGCGCGGAAGAGGCAAUACGGGCUAUUAUAACCUACUCCAAGAGCUCAGAAGAACUUUUGAAGCGAAAGAAAGUCCAUCGCGACGUCAUUUUCAAGUACCUUGCAAAUGAAGGUAUUGUAAUGCCAGUUAACUCUGAGAAACAUCAACUGGUGAAGACAACACUGGAAUAUUGGUCAUCGAGCAAGAUUUGUCAGAAAUCCCCUGCAGACAAUGACCAUGUUUCCAGUAACGCCAUGGGUGAUGGUCUUUCCGACCUCGUUACAUUGGGGAGGCAGUUUUGUGAGUGGUUCUUUCAGCUCUGGAAUAGUCAAAACCCAACUGUUGAACAAGCGCCACAGGAAUGGGGACCACAGCACUUCUGGGGCGACGUCAGGCUCCGUCUCCGGGCGAUCACCGGCGAGGAAAACAUGGAAGAGUUCUCAGGGGCAGAUUUGGUGAGCUUGCGGCUUCAGGCGUUACCACGUGAGGAGUGUCUCCUCUUCAACCCCAACCUGGAGCCCCAGGGUCUGAGGACUUUAUCGUCGGCACAUGGUUUGGUAGUAGUGGCCGUGGCCGGCACCAUCCACAGGGCACAAGGCUGCCUUGGUCUUUUUGAACAGGUCUUUGGCCUCAUUCGCUCCCCAAUGGACAACAACAGCUGGAAGAUCAAAUUUAUUGACUUGAAAAUAAGGUCGCAGAACUCCAUCGAAGGCACAAAAGAGAUGGACUCACCUGAACUGACUUACACCUCCAGUGAACUACAGCUGCUUUGUAGCUGAUGUCUUUUUUAUUAUUGGUUAAGUUUAACUCGACACUAUGUUUUAAUAAUGUCAUGUUAAUUAUGAAUAAACAUGGCAGUUAUUUAGUGAACUGUUUUUGUUUACAGUGCA